UUACAGACACAUCAACGUAGUACCCCGUAACAAGACAAUAUAGACGAGCCUUGUGAGAAAGAAACAGCCAAUCACAGAGCCAGUGAAGUGGCAAGCACUUAAUAACGGCUGUUCGCAUGGUAGUCAUACCAGGAGUUGCUGAGAUUGGAUCAGGACGAUAACGAGUCGGAGCGCAGGACGAACCAUUGCAAUUCACGCAUGGAGAAUCUCGCCUCGCUUCCAAAACACUUACUCUGACGAUAAAUUCCUCCGAAAGAGCAAGUAAUUCUCUCUUUGAGAGAUCCAGGCUGCUACAAUAUUACCACUAUGGCCCAGCAAAGUCGCUCCCUCCCUCCACUUGGUUUCAUAUCCCUCGACAUCAUCCUACAUCGACCACCAGGUGACCCAUACAACCAGAAUACAUGGCCAUUCCCACUUAUACGGGAGAAAGCUCGCGAUACAUCAGAAUCGGCUGUGGUUACGGCCACCGCCUACGAUGAUGCCUUUCUGGACCGCUUUGUCGAGGCAGGGAAGAGACUUGCUGCCCGCGGGGCCAUCGGUAUAAUCACAAGCUGCGGCUUUCUUGCAAUUGCACAGUCUGAGUUGUCCGCACGCCUUCCGAUUCCCAUCAUGACCUCUGCUCUCGUCCAAGCUCCAUCAUUAUUGGCCACUAUUGCUCCUCGUCGUAAGCUCGGUAUUCUUACAUUUGAUAGCACUCGGCUUGGUGCAGGACAUCUUCAGAAGCUUGGAAUAGACCCAUCUCGCUGUCACAUCCACGGUGCUCCGACAAAUGGUGCUCUUCAGCAACACGUACGACAAGGCGCUCCCUACUUGCAUGAGGAGAUAUCACGGGAAUUGGUCGCGGCGGCGAAGGAGAUGUUGCAGGAUGCGCCUGAGAUCUCGUUGCUUUUGUUGGAAUGUACAAACAUGCCCCCGUUCUCUGAGACGAUUCAGUCUGCUAUAGCGUUACCAGUCUACGACAUUCAGACCGCUGCUUUGUGGUUUUACUCGGGGUUGGUUAAUAUUAGACCGACACGUUGGGGCCCAAUAUUAGAAGAUGAUAUUAGCACAAGGACAUAGA